UGAUUGUAUUUCCAUGAAGAAAUGAUCAUAAAUGUUCUUCCUUGAGCUGUGGCACCCCGCUGUAGUCCGUAAUGGACUGGCCUGAGGUCUCUCUACAAACAAGCGUCUGCUGGAAGAGAGUAGGUGAGUUGUGUUUAGUCUCUUUGCUAAAGAAAUGAGUCAAAGUUAAAAAGAUGUUUGGUGUCUAGUACUAUGGCUGUGACCCUAUAUGUACUAACCUCAGUAGAACAUGGUGUAGUUCUGUUCAGUAACAGAACCUCAUUGGAAAAUUAUCUGAUUUAACUUUACUGUGCUCUUGUUCAAAUAUAUUAACUCGACAGCACAUAAAUCCAUACCUGUUAACAAAAUCAUAAUUUUAUUGAUAAUUCGGCUCAAUAAUAAAAACACCUUUACCUUUUCAUUUUACUACAGUAGAAGUUUAUUGGCCCAGCUUAUAGACUACAGAGGUGGAGAAACGCCCCCGCUUAAGUUUAUGUUUUCUGAAUGUAGUACUAUGUCUGUGACCCUAUAUGUCCUGUUGAUGAAGUUAGGUGCUGUUCUGAGCAUUAUUUGUGGCUAUAGAGUGGCGUUUUGGUUGGGGGCGUGGCUCUCUGUAUUACUAUCCUGCGGUCGUUACUAAAGUUGGUAUAACUAGAGAAGCAAGCGGUCGACAACAUUCAUCUCUGGAGGGGGGGUCUGACUCGGUGUUAUGGUGUGUUUGACCCUAAAUUAAUUUUAUUUUGGAAUAUCCCUUUAACAUGACAGUCAUAUACAGUAUAUGUAUACUAUAACUAAAGUCCAGGGUUCACCUAAAUGAUUCAGACUCGGGUAAAAAAUGACCAUUUCAGUUUACAGCUGCAUAUAAAGGAAACAUCUCCGUCCUCAUUUGUAGAUUAAAACAGAAUUUUCAGUUUUAAUGAAAAUUCAACAUCAUUUAUUAUAAUCUAUAUAUUAAGAAUAAUCAGUGAAGGAUAAGGAUCUUUUGUGUUCCACUUGAUCUUAGAGAUUUUGCACAGUUUGUGAUUUCCAACUACAGUCUUUGUUUGAAUGAGGAAGUGCAUCUCAGUCUUCUGUUGCCAUGGAGACGCUCAUUAAAGCACUGUAAUUGUCCUGCGGGGACCGAAAGCAUGACGCAGGAUUUCUGCUCUGCCUCUCUGUCAGUUUUUCCCUCAGACUCCACAUCUUCAGACUUUUCUCUCGGCCGUGUUAAAGACCUGCUCUCUCCAUGUUCCUCCUGUUCCUUCUUCAGUGGGAAAGGUGAGAGAGGUGUGUUUCUGCAGACAGACAGUGACGCAUGAGCGACAAGGACAAACUCCCACUGAGGGUUCGAGUGAAAACACAACAGGAGUGUGUGUUUUUAAGGCGAGGAAAGGAGGAGAAAAAGAAGAAUCAGCCAAAACAAAAACUCUGAGCUUUCUUCAUCCUCAGGUCAGAUCAUCGCUGUGAAGUUAUCACAAUUUAUGUGGUCAGACUGAGGAACAGAUUUAGGAAGACUGUAAGGUUCAUCUUCUGUUCAUAUCUGACAACAACCUCUGAGAGAUUUUGUGAUGAAAAAGUGAAAGAAAGGAACAAAAACAGGCUGAGAUGUUUUGAGAGUCUCUCUGGAGGAGAUGAGGAGUGCUGCCGACUGUUUACCUCCAUGAAGAUGACUCCUCGUCUCCUCAAAAACUCCCCCCGUCCAGGAAGUUCAGCUCAUAUUUGUGUUUUUUUUUCUUGGAAUAAAACAGAAAAUUAUCUUUACUGUCAGCAGGUGAAAGUAAGAAAGCUGGAGUCCAAAUAUUCAGACGGAAGUGUCCUUUAUUUUUUAUAAAUCACCAACUUCAAACACUCGAUGUGACUCUGAGUUAUACUCUCCCUCUUUAACCUUCGCCUACGAGUGUUUCAGUAAGAGUGUGUGUGUGUGUGUGUGUGUGUGUGUGUGUGUGUGUGUGUGUGUGUGUGUGUGUGUCUGUUUGAUUGAUGUCUCUUGGUGUUGCAGUGGAGUCCCCCCCCACCCUCACGCUCCCCCUCCCCUUUUUAUCGCUCAGUGUUACAUAACAGACUUCACUGCAGAGGAAGAGCACUGCAGAGGACUCCUACUACACACACACACACACACAGACACACACAGACACACACACAGACACAUGUUCAGGUUUACUUUAUUUAUCCCCUUCUCAUUCUCUUCAUCUUUAUUAUCGUCGUUUCAGCCGUUUCUCUCGUUUUAUCGUUUAUUUGAUGAGGAUUGUUAUCGAGUUCAUUCUGUCUGAGUGUUUCUCAGUUUCUCAUUUCCUCAUGUUUCAACAUUUUCCUCCGUUUCCUCCGCUCUGACUGAUAUUCUUGUUCCUCACCGCAGAGAAGACUCAGCCGUUCUUCUCUCCUUCAGGACUUCACCUGUAAACCUCAUGUUCUCGGUGUCGUUGCUCCUCUGGGCAGGAUCAGUCUGACUGUCAAACCUGACAAUCUGACGUGUCCUUGUAAAGAUCCAGACUGUAAUGUGCACAAAUAUUGGCACACACCACUUACCGACCACGUGUUUCCACCCGUGACGUCCCGGUCCACACAUCACAACACACACUUAACUCACCGAUGCAAAGAGACAACAGCAGGACGGUUUUUAGUGUCGUCCUGCAGCAGCAGACGCUCUCACUUCUCAUCGUGUUCUCUCAUGUCAGACUUCUGCUCUCUCUGUAUAUUAUAUAUAACACAAAGAGCUCCAGCUGAGGCACUCAGACAUUUCAUUUCACCUCAUUUUAUAAGUUUUCUUGACAGACUGAUAUUUGGACAUAAACCAACAUGAGAAAAAACAACUAGAAAUAAGUCUACGUUCACACACGAUUCAGAUUUUCUGUUCAAUCCGAUCUUUUUGUGCGUCGUUCAUGUUACAACAACGACUGUGUCCGUGAAGUGACCCACAUGCGCACAAAACACAAAUUUCUCCCUGCGCCUGUUUGUGUUGUUGAACAAUGGUGACGUUUGUCUCAUAUUGAUGACGUAAAGGUCGGAUGAACGCGACCUGAGCGUCCACACUGCAGUCACAUCAGAUACAUAUCUGAUUUAUAUCCACAUACAGAAGAGGGUCGGAUCAGAACCAAUCAGAACUGACCUGUUCACACUUGGAUGGAAACAUCAGAUAUGGUUAAAAAGUCAGAACUGACCUGCAGUCUGAACGUCGACUAAAAUGUUUGACAUUAGUUUUGAAUUUAGAGUUUGCCUCAUGUUUCAUCUGUUUACAUGGAGGAGGUGUGCUUUAUGUACUGCAGCAACUUUUGGCUUCACUUUAAAUGAGCUGUUGUGUUGUCCAGCUUUAUACUGUCCUUGAUACACAAGCACUAACCUCCCAGUAUCCAUGAAACACGUUUUGGACAGAGUCGAUACCGACCAUGAGAAACAGGUUUCCUUGACUCUAAAAACUCACUUCAGGUUUGGGACUGUCUGAGCUCAGGUGUGUCUCCAAUAAUCAGCUCCUCAGUCCCACCAGUUCGUGGGUCUACUCUCCAAAGAUCACAGAGGACAUCGGCUCUGAUGGUUCAGUUUGGUUAACGUUGUUUUUCUGGGAGUGAAGGUGAUCCUCAAACAUACAGAAGAAUAACAAUCAAAAAUUUACUCUCACAUCGAAGUUCAUUGAAUUUCAUACCUGUUUGAAUGAAAACACACAGUUAUGCUGAGUAUUUGGUCUUCUGUGGUUGUUCUGUUGUAAACUGAGCAGUGGUUCAUGAAUGAGAGUCAGAUAACAGGAAGAAACACACUCUUCAAAUAAAGGUGGGUCUUAUUUCUGUCACUGACGACAGUUUAAUGGACAGACUUUCCUGUAAAAUCAACUCUAUGAUGUAAUGAAUGUCUGUGGUCAGAUGAUAACCUCCUCAAAGUUCUUCUGUAACACAGACUCCAGAGGAUGAACUGGAAUCCCCCUCAUUUCUCCAGGACUCCUGAAUUAACCUUGAAGGAGAAGAAGAAACGCUGCAGUCGAUCACGUGUGAGCUCAGAGUGCUGCUGAUGUCUCUGUUUAACCCUCUGAGGACAACCAUACUCUUCUUCUAAUGUUUCACAUGGUCUUAAAAAGCAUGUGUCACCUCACCAGAGAAACACACAGCCCUGUAACACACAUCUGUCUUUUUCAGGAUAGUCUGGGAUUGUCGUGUUUCCACCACUUCUGAUUUUUCACCUUUUUCCUCUCCGUCUGGGUGGAGACGUCACGACACAACGACUGCUCUCUUCAGAGGCCACAGGAGGAGGUGAAGCAGUGAUGGAGGAGGUGAUGCUUGUUUGAGUGUUUUUCAUGUCUCUCUGAUCUCUGCGUGCUGAACAGAUCUCUUUAAUUUCACUCACACACUAAUAAAGCUCUUCUCUGUCAGUCUGUGUGUUCAGGGGGAGGCGUCUCCCUCGUCAGGUUGCCUUUGUGAUGGUUCUGUUACCUUGGCGACUUAUGCCUUGUUGACCAGAUCCAGCGCAUUAUGAUUAAAGGUGCACUGAGUUGCCAUGGCAACACUGUUCGUAGGAGUUGCAUAAGCGGAAAGAAAGGGGACCCCAUUGACUAUGUGUGUGUGCGUGUGUGUGUGUGUGUGUGUUUAUGAGUUGACAUAUGUGUGUAGAUCUCUCUCUGUGCAGCCUGAGUCAGUAUCUGGAGUGUGUGUGUGUGUGUGUGUGUGUGUGUGUGUGUGUGUGUGUGUGUGUGUGUGUGUGUGUGUGUGUGUGUGUGUGUGUGUGUGUGUGUUGAAGACGAUCUUGACCCGUAAAAAAAAAAGCAGCCUUUAUGAGCUUGUCUUUUUCCUCCUCUCUUCCUCUCUGGAGGAACUCCUGAUAACUCGCUGUCUGUCCCUCUUUAACCUCUUUAUUUAUCAGGGGAAACUGAACAGAGUGAGAGUGUAUUCCUGUCAGUGUUUCACAUCCACUCUCUUACUCACACUCACACCUGGGAGCUGCUCAGUUCAAACGCACAUCGCUGCGGUUGCUGCUGCUGCGGUUGCUGUUGGGCUUUAAGCCGUUUCCAUGGAGCAGCUUUCUGUCACAGCAGCAAACCUCCCGUUCAAACCUGAGGAUGGAAACUGUUUUAGACAGAGAAAGACAUUUAAAGACUGUGACUGUCUAUAAACACAAUCUGUUUUUCCUGUAGUCCACAGUCCUCUUUGUCAUUCUUCCUAUACAACAUCUCUGGUGACCCUACAUGACUCUAUAAUGUUAUAAAUCCAACAUUUGUUUCAAACACGUUAGUUUAAUGUUAGUCUAAUGUCAGUCUGAACUCCUGUAAUAUCCCCAAAGUCAAGUUUGUUUAAAUAGAUUUGAAAUAACUCAUCAGCCUCUUCAAAUUUCUAUAAAUUCAUUAAGUUUUAUUGUGAAGUUAGUCCUCUGUAGAAGUUAAAGACGUGUCUGCCAGGAGCCAGAAAAAACAGGAGCAGUGCUCUGUCUGAAAACAGAUAUUUUACCUGAUGUAUGUGCAUCCUUAAAGUAAAGUUAAUGUUAUAUAAGUUUUUGAGAGUGAUUGUACCUCAGUUCAGGUCUGACUCUGGUUCUGUAAUAAUAAUAGCUGUAGCCUGAUCUUUGCCAGUGUUUGGAGAUGUCUCCUGCUCUGUUAUUUGCAGGGAUUUACCCCUGUUAUGUCUGCUCUGGUGGAUUUACUACCACAGUAAGUCCAUUAAUAAGAAAAGACCCGCACAAACAGGAGCCCCCCCAGUGUUCAUUACACAAAACUUUAUUGUUUUACAGGUGCUUACAGGCUGUUAGGGUGCUGAGCUGCGGUUUAGUUUCUUUGGUUCUUAGGUUCUUAUCUUGAAUCUUGAGCACAAUUUCUUUUAGUAAACACAGUUUUAGAGCUAAAACCUGAAAAGCCUCAUAUUCUGAUAGAAAAUGGAUAUAGGGGAGAGUGGGGUGAGACGAUCCAUUUUUCAUAUUUGGGAUCACUACAUCAAGUCAGUCCUAGUUUUGUCUCUGACUCGUGUAUCUGCAGAUAUUUCUUCAUCAGAAUGAGAGUAUACAGAACUGUCAUCCUUAUAAUAUAGCAGGCUAAAAAAAGCGGUCUCCUAUGGUCAACUUACCCCUUCUCUCUCCCUAAAUAACAGUCACUUCUUCACAUUCAUGUGUAUUUUUAUCUAUUAUACUCUAUUCAACUGGUACAAUCAUUCUGUUUAUUAUUAUUACAUAUAACUGAUAAAAAAACAUUUGAAGAUGAGAAUGUCUUUGAGUGAUUGAGGACAUUCACAGAUCUGUAUUUUAGAAAAGAAAAAGUAUAGGUCAUAAACCCCGCCUCCUUAUGGAGCUGUGGACAAACUUUAUAAAUGAAUGACACAGAAUAUAAAUGUUUCUCCCCCCUGGUUGUGAUGUUGACAUGUAGUUACUGUCAGACUGGUUUGUGCUCAAGUCCUCUUUUUUCUGUACAGCUCCAUUUUUAAAAGUUAUUAGGGGGUUCAUGUUUUCUAUGAUUGACACCUGAUACAGCCUAUGGGAGGACAGGGAUUGAGUAGAGCACCGGGGGAUACGCUGUUUGAGUCGAGCGUCAUCACAGAGACUCUCCUGCCGAAUAUGUACAACCCUACUGCGCAAUGUUGGUUUCAGGAAGUGGAGAAAAAUCACGGAAGUACAGAGAACCUUUCGGCUUCAAACCAAUUUGUCCAGAGUAAAUACAGCCUAUGGUCUGACAAUUCUAAUCAAACUUAUGACUGAAUUCAAAUAAAUGUCUCAAGGUCCUUUCACACCGGGACCGUUUUUGUCGUGUGAUUAUUUUCCCUUAUUUACCCUCGGGCUCGACUUACCCUUUGGCUGAACCUACCCCGGUCUCCCCUAUACUGGGACUGAAAACUCGGUGUUUUUUUUUUCUUUUUUAUUGAUCAUGAUACAGACAGGAAGACUGACAUAGGUGACUCCUGCUCUUCUGAAUGAAUUAAAAUGGCCGUUAGAUAGAUCUCCGGUUGUACACAUGUUUGUCCUCUUCUGUCGAUAUUUUAGAAAUUUCUGGACAAAUGGGAGUGUAUCGGUGUGACGUAGGCAACAGGUAGGUUGGAUCCCCUCGCGGACGCCUCGUGCGCCUGCAGUUCUCCUCCUCUCCUCUCCUCGCUCAGCUGCAGCGCGUGCUGGUACCGUAGUCAUCCUCGUGUCCUCACACAGCCAGUAACACACGGAGCUCGAGAGCUGCACUCACUCACUGCUUCACGAGACCACUGCAGCAGCAGCAGCAGCAGCAGCACGGAGGGCUCGCGCCGUAGAACGUAGUUUGAAAAAUAACGGUCGAGCUGGAGAGAGGAGCAGCAGAGGGACUCCUCACAGGGACUCCUCACAGGUAAAUGUUGGUUAAUUUCUCAUUUCUGUGCUGGGAAUGGAUCACUUUACUAAUCUUUUCACGGAGCUGUUAAAGUAGACUGUCUGUUAUGUUGAAUGGACAGGAUAAAUGAUUGUCUGAAUGGGAGAUUCAGUCGCUGUAAGAUGUUUAGUUAUCGUCGCCAUCGUCCUGCUUUAUGAACGUAGUCCUGUUUGAGACGGGUGAUUUUUAUUUCACCGAAAAAUAACAUAUAUAGACUGUUUUCUCCCUCCGUUUUUGUGAGCUUGGUCGUUCAGUUGGAGUUGUAGCUUGCUGAAUUGUUUUUGUUUUAUUGAAGUGUCACAGACAUCAGUAUAAGUCUGUUAAUUAACCACAACAUGUCUGUCUCUCAUUGAUGUUUUAGGUCUGUGAGUUAACAGUUGGGCAAACUAGUGAAACAUUAACAAUGCAAAGAGUUUUAAAUCUGAUUUUUUUUUAUCUUUCUGCCUAUUGGAAUGGAUAAAUAAGAUUAUUAUUCCCUGAAAAAUAAAUGAAAAACUGCCUUUUUUAUUUGACAGUCACUGACAUGUCUGUUAAUAGGUUUUCAAGUAGGCGAGCUUGUUUUAUUAUGACAAGGGCAGGGAUAAAAUAACCUGGUAGGCUAUUGCUGACGAUGGGCUGUGGGUAUUUAUUUUAACUUUAAAUUUUCCCCUCUAAUUUGACUAAUUUAGAGUUUUUGAUGUUUUUUAGUUAAUAAGGUAUCGUGAUAUUGACAUUAUUGACUACCCUGUAAUUUACAUGUUCAAUAUUAAUGUUUCAGUUUAAUUUCUUAAUAGCUGAAUUGCUUUAUGUGACAUUAUCGUACCAUUUGGUGGGGUUCCCUGCAUUUCUUACCUGUUCUUACCUGGUUUCUCACUGCUUAUCAGUGCUGUGGUGGAUAUUAUCCUUAAGUAAAGAACCCUAACAUCUUGUUGUGUUACUUCCUCAUGCAGCUGUUUCAUUCAACAACAACUGAAUCACGUUUCUGUCAGGCUGCAUUAAUAUUUUUCCGCGGGUCAAUACAGAUUGAUCCACUUCACACAGGCAGACUAUCAGUCUAAAUUACCAGUUAGCCGAUGAGAACUGUCAGGAGUCCAAGUCACGUUGUGUGACAUCAGAUUUUUGUGUUUUUCACUCAGCCAAGGUCAGUUAAUAGAGCCACAGCUGUGUGAGAGGAGAUGGAUGUGAACUUGGUAUGGUAAGAUGUGGUUUGGCUUUUGUAAUCCCUCUAGGAGAAGUGCAGUGACACUUGCCAAACAUCUCUGUAGGACCCGUCUUGACAUCAGGGCAGAUGCUCAUGCUUAGAUGCUUAGAUACUAUAUGCUUUUCUUGGCUUGUUUGACAGAGAAAAACAGGUAUUUUUGAAUAGCUGGCUUUGGCUCUCAUCUUAUUAACACCUCACUUCAAAAUGCUAAAGUGUUAAACCAUUACUGAUUUAUGAUCAGAAGGCUAAUAUAUUGCAUUUACUGAGGCUCAAAGAUAAUUAUUUUUUUAUUUAACUAGAUAAGAUCCCAUUGAGAUCUCUUUUACAGGGUGACCUGGCCAAGAGGUCAGCAGCAUACGUCACAAUAAUAAAUAAUACAGUUAAAGACAGAAGAGUGAGACUUACACAACAAGCUAUUUGGCUGAUAUGAUCUUAAUGGCGAAAGCUUGUAGUGGAGAAUGAUCUUCCUUAUGGGAAUAAGUGGCAUAUUGCUUAUAUGUAGCACAGUGUAGUGAUGUAAAAUAUUUAGCAGAAGCAUGUAAUUGAGUGAGUGAGGGAGUGGAGGUGUAAAUAUUACUGGAACAUACUGUAAGUGAUGAACAGGUUUUGACUGCCAUAAUGAGUAAGUAGCAGCAGAGACAUACUACAUGUUAUCAAUCAAUACAUGAUCAGAUGAUUGAUCCGCUGUCUUCUGCCUUUAUAUCAACUAUCAAUCAGAAAAUUCGAUUACAAAUGAAAUGUAACAACAUGGAAAUCAGAUAACAAAAAACAGCUGACCUAAUCAAACAACUGAAUUAGACACUUCAUAUGUACACAGGGAUACAUACUAUCUUUCAGGUGAGAUAUCGCUUCCAUUCAUUGUUUUGCAAGUUAAAUAAGCUUAAAUAUCUCAAGUCUCCACAUUGUUUGGAUUUUAGAAAGUCUCUGCUUUAAAAAAUAGCCUCAUUUUGACUUUAAGGAAACUGAUUUAUAAUCACUAAUUGGAUCUGGAAACUUUAGAGCUCGCGUUUGGAGUUGGACUGAAUGGGCUGCAUCUUUGGCUUAGGUGUGUGAGUCUCAGUAAUACUUUCAUGGUGUCAUGCUCAGCUCUCCCAAAGCUCUACAGCACAGCCGGCCAGCUGACACUAAAGCUCUUUACAACCGGUCAGACAGACAUGUGUCUCUCUCUGCUAAGCCCUCGAGCCUGUGUUGUUCUCUACACAGCAAACUCACCACCAGAGCUGAAACUGAAUGAGAACUUCACAAGUCCAGUCCAGGGCUAUUAUUGCUGGUGUACAAUGACAUACUGGGUUCGUUGGCAACUUGGCUGGUAAUUUGAUGAGUCAACCUCUGUGUUGGUUUUUGUGACACUAAAGCAUUUUGACAUUAGUUGUGUUGUUUUAUAUUAAAUGAUGAUUGAUCAAAAGCUUUCAGCAGCUGUCUGUAACGAGUAAACAAAGAAGUUUCAGGACUACUCCUGUUCUUCACACAGGAACCUGAGCUACUUUGCCUACUUAAAAGUUAUUAUCAUGGAAAAUUAUUAUUUUGGCAUUUUGUUUUUGCCUUCUAAUGGAUGCAGCACAGAGUGGAAACACAGACUGGAACCGCUGCAGGAACCAUGGUCCCCGUACAUGGGGUGCACUUUGGCUCACUUGGAUAUCUGCACGCCCUGUUUUUGUGCUUUUUGGUGUCUUAUCCUCCCAGAACCUGAAAAAAGGAGUGUUAUUAGGAAAAUACUGCCAUAAUGUCAUCAUGUCAUAAUGUCAGAAAGAUGGGGCAUGGUUAGAUUCUGUCACCCAACCUUUCACCCAGUUACAUAUCUAUAAACUUUAAAUGGUCCGUGUUUUAACCGUGACGCUACAGCGCGAGUAAAACAGAAGUAAGCAACGAUAAAGUAGCGCACUCUUUAUAGACGAGGGGGAGUUGUUCAGCAGGAAUUAUAAGUUGUCCUUGUCCCAUGUGUGCUGUUUUAUCAAGGUGAUUUUCAAAUCUAAUUAUAAUUUCCUGUACGUGGUAAUUAAAUCUGUUUUAUUACUGUGACAGAGUAUCCCCACAGGCUGACAGAAAUCCCAGUCUAGCGGUAAAAGCAAUUAAAUCAUCCUCUGAUAUGGCUUAUUUCCCCUCACUGAGGCUGUGAUGAUUACCACAUAUAACGAGCAGUUAAAUGAAUGAAUCAAUAUGUUGGUUGGCUUAUCAUUAAUCUGCCAUGACUCAUUAUCGUCACUGCUGAUUCAUUCUUCUUCAUAACCUGUGUCUGAGCUCUCUGGUGUCUGGUUUGUGUUCAGAUGGUGAAGAACGGAUGUCACAAAAAAGGACAAGCUAUUCAUUAGUGAGAAACUCUGAACGAACUGUGAAAAGAGGAAUAAGUUUCUCUGUUUGUUUGGUUUUCAUUUCAAAGAGAGAGAUUGCCAAAUGUUCCAUUACAGUCUGUCAUAAAAGCUGCUUUAGUCUAUGCAAAGAUAUUCAUACUAAGCAGAAACCACCACUUUACCCCUGUUAUUUCCUUUAUCUUACAGUCAGUGUUGAUGUUUUUUCACAUCUUACAUGCUGUUCCUGAUGGUAAUAUUAUAAUGUGAUAUAGAUAUAGACUCUUAUCAGCUGAAUAAUAGGCCAACAUACGUUUAAAUCCAACCCAAAACUCUGAAGUGAGCUCGUGUUCAUAGUGGUGGUUGGCGUGAUGUAUGAGGACACAGUGAGUGAUAGCAAAGAGCUGAUUGGUCAGAAAACAGAGGCUGUAUUGUUCUCUGCGUACUGUCUCCUCUGCUCUCUGUCUCUCUCCAUCCGUCUCCCUUCCCUUACAUGCUGCUGUACGCAGGUUUAUUGGCUCUGUGUUGUACUGAUAUGUAUUUUAGAGUCCAAAAGGAUGCACAGACUGGAACACACUCACACUGUAUGGGCAGCCUGCAGCACUGUGAAAACAGCAGCAGUGUUCAGCUCUGUGAUUGCUUUUUUCAUCGCCCCGUGGCCCUCUCCUGGUGUUACUCAUUUCGUCAGGGACCAAUCAGAUUCAGCUGCAGGGCCUGCUGCAGGGGAUCUCUGGGGAAGAGAAAUGCAUGAGAGAGGCCACAGUUAUACUCAUGGCUUGAUUUGUUUUUCUGCAGCAGCUUGUGUCAUUGAACAGGCAAAAACAUGAGCACAUGAACUUUAGUGUUUAUUCAUCAUCAGCCCCCAUAGUCCAGCUAUGAUGGGAAAACUUUACUCAGCACUUCUCACUUCACUGUUUCUUCUUAGUCAAUCUCCUCACACUUUAAUAUUCUAUUUCCCCAAUGGUAUCUCUGAAGUUUAAUGUUAUCUUGUGCAUAAUCAUGUCCUGCAGGGAUUAAGAGCCCAGUUUAAGGGACACCCCACAAACUCUGGGGACUCAGCCGUGCCCUCCCUGCUGUUACAAGCUGUUGUUGAGAAAAAAGGUUAACUGACCAAACGGCUGCAAAAGUGACGGUAAGCGUAAGAAGCAUGAUGUGGUCCAGGCUCUGGAUGCUGGACUUGUCUGAAGUUGUCGUCACAAUCUUUACUCCUUAUGAGAUGAGCAGGAAGUCUGAGUGAACACAUGAGGUAACAUGAAUAGCAUAAAAACACACGUACUGGCUCAUUGCCUCAUGAACGGGAAAUUCAAAUUAUUGUUGUCAGCUCCCACAAUUCAUUCAACAUGAGUUUAUUGAACUGUGCUGCAGUAAUCAGAUAUUUUAGUUUGGGCUUCAUGAGGAACUGCAGUUUUCAGCACUCUGCACCCGCUUCAUUUCUCAAGAGUUAAGGUUCUUGAUUUACAAAGAUAUGUCUGAUUAUCUGACAAUCAUCCAAACAUAUACUGUUACUAACGACUAAAUGGGUUUGGUGUUUGAAAGUGUGACCAAUUUUCCUAUGAUAGAGUUCAUAAAAGAAAACUGUUGCUUCUUUACAUUGAUGUGAAUCUGCUCCAGAAAACAGGGUCUUUUUAUAAACGUUAAUCAUAAAAUACCCAGAAUGUUAAGACAAGCCCUGAAUUUGCCUCUUGGCUUUCUAUAGAGCAGGUGCCAUAUUUUCAGUUUGUACUCAGGCCUGUCAGGUUAUAAUUUAAUUCUCGGCAGGGACAUGAGGCAGUCGCUGCUCCUGUCGGAUGUAAUGGAGCCUAGAAGGGAAGUCAAACAUGACAGACUGCCAACCUGCUCAUCUGCCUCAGCCCCCCAAAUCAUGCAGAGAUGAAGAUGCAGCACAGCUCAGCUGCAGCUCCGACAAUCUUCUGAUCACGAGUCAGAGGCACAAAAAUCUGAACUCUGUAGUCGGGUCAGUGACGUGACGCCUAAAUAUUCUGUCCAGCUGUAUUUUCUUUUUUUAAGUUAAAAAGGUUUAAAUGCACAAAAAUAUACUUUCUAUAUGUAGUAUCUCUCUCAUAGUCGUAGUCACUUCAACUUUUCCAAAAUCAGGUCUUAUUAGUAAUUUUUCUGAACUUCAAAGUGUCAAAAUAUCACGUGGUGUGACCAAUAACAACAUUAAUUGUAUGAAAUACAAUUUAAAGAAAAAAUUAGUCAGUGAACUGCAUUUAAUUUAGCGACUGUGACAUUAUAGAGCUGAAUGUGAGAUCAAUAUUUACAAAAACUUAAACGAAAUGCAAACACUUUGUUUCUGUCUACUUGAUAUUACCGACAAUUUGUAAAAAAAAACUAUUAAGUGUGUUGAAAAAUGUACUAAUUUUGAGAUAAACUAUGGUCGCACCACAUGACAUUUUUUAAGGCCAAUUCAUCUAUAGGUAAAAACACUAAAAUUGCACAAUUUAAAAAAUUUAACAUUAAUUUUUGUAUACACAACAUCCUUGGUGUUGGAACUGUUGCAAAAUAUAUUCUUAUUUUUGGUAUUUUAAAAUUAACAUGUUGAAAAACCUUAUAGGUCAUUGACCCAGUCAUGAUUAAUUCCCUUCUCAUAGAUGUACCUGUGUUUAAAAGCAGUCCCUGUUGCACUCAGGGCUGACAUUUCUGUCCACUGUAUGGUUAUGAACUUUUUGAUGAAUCUGUGUUUACCUGAUCAUGGGUGUUCGGAGAUUCUUAUUCAGGCUGCUGCAUUGCAGUUUUUGAUUUGCUCCCAUGACGUCAAAAUACGAGCUGGCUCUUUGAAUCACUUCUCAGUAAAGGACUUAAACUAAUUUCUGAGUGACAUUGAGGGGUGAAUCUACAGUUUUCUGAGGAUAGAUUGACUACUUUUGGAUAGUGUGUGCAUACACUGGUGCUAGGAUAUACUGUAUGUAGUCAGAUAGUUCCUCAGAUAGUGGAACAUAUGGUGCGGCUCUCAUCCGUCCUUCUGUCUGUUUACUUGUUGGUGGGAUGUACCUGAGGACACCCCACUCUGGGAUCAGCAGCGCUGCCUGACUCUGUGUCAAAGUCUGACUCUGACCUGCGUCAUGUUGCUCCUGUGGUGCUGCAGUGGUUCAGUGGUUAUAGCUGUCAGCACACAGCUUUGAGGACCCAAGCUUUCCUAUCAUAUUCCAUGUGCUGCUGUCUGCAUGUGUGAUGAUAUAUAUAUUUGUGUUUUAUUUGUUUUGGUGAUUUCAUUCAGGAUUUCCAACAUGUCUGAUAAAGACUUCCAUGACCAAGUCUAAAUGGAGUUAUUUCAUUUUUCAGGGUCCCACCAUACCAAAGCCUUCUCUCUGAUGUUAUACAGACUUCAUCUCCUGAGAGGUCAGGGUCUUAGAUGCAUUAUGUUGAACUCUAACCUAUAUCCAGCGUUAGUACAACUCUCUCCUGGCACCUUUGUAACCUGGAAAGUGGAUAAUGACCCCGAUCACUCGGGACCACAUUCUGUAGAAACAGCUGUUGUAAGAGUCUCUGAUUGGGUCUGUAUUAUUGUUGCUUUCUUUGUGGAGGUUAGAUGACACAGUGUUGAAGUUAUCGGGGAGUUAGUGUUUAAAUACCUGAACUUUAAAAUGUGGUUAGGUAAUCCACUAAUGUAGGCUGCUGUACGUCCUGUCUGAAUUGAUUUUUGGUGUUUUUGGAGGAGUUGAAUCAUCUGUUAUGUCACUCAGAACAUACACCCACAGCAGCAGUGAAACAGCUGCAAGAGCCGCUGACAUUUAAGAUUUUCUACAGUACUUUUGAGACCCACUAUCAAACUAGAAACACCAAGUACUGGAAGAAAUCAAGCACAUUUAGCAGCUGAGAGUCUGAAAUAAAGAUCUGUGUAUGAAGUAUGUGAUUUAUAUUCAGUCAGAUUUCUCACUCGGGUGUCCUGUAGGUGUAUGUUCAUAGGAAAGGGACCUCAGCUGACUUUGUGUCUUCUCUCUGCAAAGAGUAGGCCUGAUAAAGAGCUGUUCAGUCAUGUAGUUUAAUGUCAAACUACUAAAGGACUGGCCAGUGUCCAAGGCUAUUCAGAGAGAGAGAGAGAGAGAGAGAGAGAGAGAGAGAGAGACUGUGACAGAUGGGGAGGGCAGAGAGAAGAGAGGAUGAACGAAUCUUAGCUUAAGACAAUUAGUUGGGAGACAAUUAAAUAGUGUAGUAGAAAAACAGAUGACCAGAGUGAAAAUAGAGGAGUGGAUGAUGCUAAUGAUGCCAAAAUAACAACAACAGAAAACUGAGAAGAGACUCACAGAGAGAGAGAGAGAGAGAGAGAGCUUCUGGUAUCACAGCACAUUUAACCUUAGGUAAGUCGUCGACCCCUUCUCCUCACGUUCAUCCCCUCUUGUUUUGUGUUCAGUUAAAGACGGGAAACUUCUUCAGUCAGAAUCAGAGAAAUCUUUGGCCCAGAAAUGAGCAGAGUGUGUAACCACUGCCUUUUGUGUCACAGCCUGUUUGACAUCUGACCUACUUUGUGUCCCGGCUAAACAUAGAAGUGAUGCUCCAAUCAGCUGUCAGUCUCAGUUGUUGUGAGUCGAGACAGAGACACUUGAGUUUGUUGCAUAUAUGACUCCGGCUGAAUGAAAACGGACUUGAAAACAACAUCUCUGAACUUAAAUCUGAUGACAGGUCGUGUUUUCAAUAACCUUGUCUUUACCUGAUUAUCUGAAAACCUGUAAGACUUCGAAUUGUAGGUCUCAGGAACCUUAAAACUUCAAAACAAGUUAAAUAGUUUCAAGUCUAAAUAAAAGCAUUAACAUCUGUUUGUAAUGAUGUGACAGAACUCUGACUAAAGCCUGUUAUAUGAUACAGAAGGACUCUGUGGUUAAAGCUGUGACCACACUGUGAUGAAAGUUUCUUCCCACCUUUCUCUAGAUCAUGAGUUUAUGAACAUUUGCAGGAUUUGACAAAUAAAAACCUCUCAUACAGCAGUGAGACCUUUGUAAACCUUGAAUAUAACAAAGAAAUGAAAGCCAGGACAUUUUGUUGAAUAGUGUCUGUCAAAGUCAUGUCAGAGUCAUGGCAUAAUAAAAGAAUAAUUGCUCUUUUUUCAAUAACUUCUUAUUGUUUUACUGUAUUACAUAACAUUUUCUUACAUAAAUCCCUCCUGCUUAAUUCUCCUCCUGUCAGUUAUGAGUCCCCCUUUUACUCCCAUCGAUUAGUCCGGUCUGCAGGUUGACUUGGCUGUUCUUGAAAUAAAAUAAAAUCCAUUAUCAGAGGUUUGAGCUGUCCUUCUGUACUCAAAUAUAAUUAUGUAGGUGCUGCUGAGCCGUGCUUUCAUUACACCCCCUCUGCCCUCUUCUUUGCUUCCGUGUUUCAUUUGCCUCUCAUUUCACUUUUUACUGCUGAAUUUUACACUUCAAAUAUAUUAGUGUGUGUGUGUGUGUGUGUGUGUGUGUGUGUGUGUGUGUGUGUGUGUGUGUGUGUGUGUGUGUGUGUUUGUCCUGUUUGAUUGUUUAUGACUCCUGAUGGUCAUUUCUCUCUUUCUCAUUUCCAACCACACUCUGUCCUUCACUCUCCCUUGUCUUUUUCUCCCUCUGACUCUGUUGUGUUUACACCGUCUCAUCCUCUUUCACAGCAGUAAUAAUAGCAGAUGUGAUGAUGUCACACAAUUGCCAUGGCAGCCAUGAUACGCAGGUCUGAUUUUAAUCACACGAACAAAGUGAAAAGACAAAUAUGAACUGCACUGGCUGCACUAAACUGGAGAAGGUUAUAUCUAAUUACAUUUAACAAAGUCCACUGUAGUGUAGGCUACAAUGUGGUCCAAAUAUAAAACAGAUUAUUCUGUUACUGAUCAGAACGUUUUCUACUGGAUCAGGUCUGUGUGUUUGAAAUCAGCAUAUUAGUGUCCUUACAGCCAUAACAUGUUACACACACUAACAAUGCGCUCUGAGGCCACUUCAGACUUUCACUGUCUCUGCUGAUUUGGUUCCAUUUUAUGAUGAACUCAGUUCAUCCUCUGUUUCUAACAGAGAGAGUGUGUUAAGCUGCGAACCGUGUAAAGCUGACCUUUCUGUUCUGAACGGAGGGGUCCCAUUAAAAGUUGUUGCUGGACCUACAUUGAGAGUAUUUAGGGCACCUAUGUAGGUCUGGAUCACUACUAGGAGACGUGAGGAGAACAUAAAUCUCAGUGGUUUACCUCUGAGUGUUUAAUGUUGGAGCCAAAACACACGGCCAAUUCAUCAUUUGGUCUGUCAGCAGAAUAUGAUCAGCAACAAUGCUGAUUAAUAAAUAAAUAUAUAUGUGAUCACUUACCAAGCCAAAGCGCCAAAGGUCAUUUUUUUCAUCCGUCAAAUGUUAGUAUUCGGUACCUUCCUUCCAGAUUUCACAAAGAUAAAUAUGAAGCGAUCCUGGUUAAAUUCAUUUUUAUAAGUUAAUUUGUGAAAGAGAUGAGAUCAGGGUUGGCCCUGGAUCUGCACAUGUACGCCAAGAUUGGCUGUUACACCGAUUGUUUUGGCUGUUUGCCAUGCUGCGUGUGUUAUUUGGUUUAGUGGAGCAGAGGAUGUAGAGCUGUUGCAUAAGUCUUCACAUUAAGUCCAUGCUGAUAUUACAUUAUUGAUCUGAUGUUUAAGGGAGAGAUUGGAGAAGUGAAUAAGUCUUUAUUCUGCUUGUGACUGAAAGUUGGAUGUAAAAGAGAAAUACAAUGAAGACAGUCGGCACAGAGUAAGGGGUCAUCAUUAAGUUAGACUUCCAACAGUAAAUCAAUUAAAACACGGGGGACAUGAUAUUACAGAGCAGGUGGAGGGAGCAGGGGUUUGAAUAGAGGAGUGCUGUCAUUAUACAUGAACCUCUAAAUAACUAUUUAAUGAUUUGAUGCACAAAAAGUCAAACUAAAGUGAAUUAAAGAACACACUCUCAUUCAGACUGCUUGUUCUGUCAACUACCUCUAAACCCAACAAUGAUCUGAUUCACACAUUAGGUUUAAAAUAUAAAUGUAAAUGUUCCUUAUUUAUACAGCAACCCUUUCUGUGAACCAAAGUGCUUUACAAUACAUAGUAAAAAUGAAUAAAUAAAAACUAUAAAAGCAAUAAAAUAAAAUGUAUUGCUACUGGGUAUUUAAAGCCAGCAUAAAUAUGUUUUCAGUCGAGAUUUAAAAAGGCCCAGGUCGGAGAGAAGUCUCAUUUCGGUGGGGAUCUUAUUCCAGAGCCUGGGACCAACAACUGAAACCUCUCAGUCACCCCAGUGUUUGUGUUUUGACCUGGACACCUCCAGCAGAAGUUGGUUUGACGACCUCAGAGCUCUACCAGGCUCCGUAGCUGUUUACAGAUCAGUUAAAAAGAUGGAGGCGAGGACGUUAAGAGCUUUAAAAACAAACAUUAAAAGUUUAAAAUCGAUCCUAAAAGAGACGAGAAGACAGUGAAGGGAGCUGAGGACAGGACUGAUGUGUCUGUUAGUGUUGGUUAAAAGACGGGCAGCAGUAUUUUGGACAAGUUGAAGGAGAUUAAGAGAUGAUUGGGAGAUGUUAACAUUAAGUGAAUUACAAUAGUCUAAUCUUCAACUGAAAAGAGUCAAAAGUCUCUCAUAAUUGUCGACUAUUUUCUGUCAGUCCACUUUUGAAUCUAAGCUCUGGGUUUCAGUGUGUUUCAGUGUGUUUUAUUGUGUGUUUUAGUGUGUUCCAGUGUGUUUUAGUGUGUUUCAGUGUGUUUUAGUGUGUUGUAGUGUGUUUCAGUGCAGUACAGCAGUGAAACAGAGAAUUUGACAGUGAAUAGAUAACUGUAUAAAAAUCCUGAUGCAGGCUCAGACAGCUGUAAAUAUAGUUCUACAUUAGUAGUAAGUAGGACAGGUGUGGACAUGUUGUGUUUACUGCAGUCACAAAUCACAGGUGCAGACACAAGUUGUGUAGAGCUGUGUAACUAGGAGGUCACAGCACAUAUAGGUCAGUGUGUAUUUCUGUAACAGUAUCUAUAUCAUCUGGGUUACUGUAAGCAAGUUACAGAGAUUUAAUACGUGCUUUAAUGCUGCUCUCUCUCUGUUCUUAUAUACACGGUCUAGUUUCCUAAAAAUACACUUUUGAUUGACUUUGACUUUUUUCCUCCCUCCAGGUAAAGGUGGUUUGGAGGCUGACGUCCUGGUCAUCCAUCCUCUAUCAUCUUUGUCCUCUCCGUUCUUCAACCUAAGCUCUCAGUCCUCUCUCUCUCUCUCUCAAACCAACUCUCUCUCACACUCUCUCUGUCACUGUGAUGCUGGGCUGUGGGUGAGUGAAUGCCCGUGACCAGACUGAAGCUGGGGAAGCUAAAGGUGGUGCGGCGGCAGCUGCUGCAAAGGUAAACAACACACAAACCCAGCAUCAGAAGUACCUGUGAGUUUAGAGUUUGUUGUUUUCUGACACAGCCUGAGUUCACUGUAUGCUGUUUGUAACUGUCAACAACUUUGUAUAUCUUUGUGUUUAAUAUGUAGGUAUUUAUUCAGAUCUUUGUAAUUUAUACAAAUAGAUUUUUUUUUAAAUCUCUAAUUUGCGAGGAAGGGGCGGGACUAGAUAAGCUUUUUGCUUCAUUCUGUUCCUUCUCAAACUAUUUAUUUUGACAUACGUAUGUUGUGACAGUUGUUUAGUGUACACAUGUAUUAUUUUGUUUGGUGUUUUUGUUUCAAGUUGUUUUUUGUUGUUCUUAAUGUUUUAGAUAAGAAAGAAGAAAGAAAGGACAACUUUGUUUAUAUGGUUUUAGUGACAGUAUUUGCUUCAGUAUGGAGAUCAUUAUUUCUACGUAGUUUUGGAAAUAUUGUUGAAUAUUCACUUAUAUGUUGUCAUUCAGUUCUGUGAGCUCUGAUAGCCAUGUGAUCAAGAGACGAGAAGUAUUUUACUGUGAAGGAUUCUGUUGUUGUAAACAAGUGUGGCAAAGCAACACAUUGAUUUGACUUUGUGAACAUCUAUCUAAUAAGAUGAGUAUGAAAAUAGGUGCAAAGACUCAAAGGCUUCAAAGAAGUAUAAAGAUAGCAAACCUCAGUAAUCAUGCAUGUGAAUUAUGGGUUGUCAUGGCAAUCAUUUAAUUAUCUACAGAGAUAAAAAAAAUCAGUACACUUCUCAGGAGUUACUAUCCAUCAUCCAGUACAAACCAAAAUAGUUUUUAUUCUGUGUGCUCAGAAACCAAAAACAGAUUUUUGAAUAAGGCAAUAAAACAAUAAAAGCAGCAGCAGCAUCGUCUUUUCUGCUCUCUCAAGUCGAUUCUCCAACUUUGCUGUUUACGCUCGAUCUGACGUAAGAUAGCCUGCUGUCUGUUUUUGCCCAGAUGGAUGAGUCACAGUACUUCAGUCUGUGCGCAGAUAGAUGGAGUGACUAUUUACUUCUUUCCGUCUAAUGUGUGAUCACUCUCAGGUGUACACCAUGAAACACAACGACAGAUGAGGUUUGGUAGAAUUUUAACUUUAAUUUAUCUGAAUUUUAAUCCCUGUGGAAACGAGGACAGAAGUUUAAAACCAGAUUUGACAGUAUUGUCACAACUCUAGACUUUUUAUCCCUCCUUUAAUGAGGCUCCUACAAACGUUUACGUUUUUUUUAAUACACCUAAUUUUUUUAGUAUUGAUGCUGUCAGUGUUUGACUAAGUAAAUAGAGUAUUAACGGCUGUUUUCAGUCCUGUUGUUGGAUUGGCUGACUGCUGUUAACCCCCUUUCCUUCUGAUAGAUAUGAACACCAGCCGUUUGUCUCCUGUCUGGCCGGCCUCUACGGUUGCCAAUGGAGACGAUACCAAAGAGCCCGGGCCCAGCCAGGGGAGUGCUGCUGCAGCAAGGUAGACACAACACACACACACACACACACACACACACACACACACACACACACACACACACACACACACACACACAGUUGGGUUAGCUGCUGAUCUUGCACACAGCAUUGAUUCCCUGGCCGGUUUCCCUCUGUCCGAGCUGCUGACUCCAGAAGUCAGUCACUGCUUUUCUCUGAAAUAUCCGCACAUACAGUGAAACUCUGUCAGCUGGUAUCAAAAUUUACUGCUUUCAUACAGACUCUUUUUGCCAGAUUGUGUAACAUCAGCAAAAACCUUAUUUUCAGUGUAAACCUUUAACUCUUUACAACAACAGCUUUUUUUUAAAUAUAAAAAAGAAAAAAAAUCAGCCUCAACUUACUUUAGCUUUUAUUAAAAAAGGCACACACACACUUGCACUUACACACUCAUGAAGUUACUGUGACGGGUGUGUAAACCAUGAUGGAUCACUGUAACACUUUGAUGAAGCGCUGGUCUCUAUUCAAUGCAGAGUCUCUGUUACUUUAGAAAAUAAACUCUCAAAUCGAGGCCAGAUCUAGAUCAUGUUUAUCUAGGUAUCACUGUGGUGAGAAGGUGUGUGUGGAUGCGUCUGUAUGCUGAUGACAAGGCAGCAUGGUUCAUCCCAAAAAGGUUCAGAGAAAGGGGAAAAACUGAAUCUUGCUUUUUCUAGCAAAAUGACAAAAAGACUGUGGUCUAAAAAGGUCAUGUGACCUGGCAGAGGGAAGACAGCGAGUAAUUUACUGGAGCUCCAAACAUGCAAGUGUCUCAGGGUGUCUCGUAAAAGCAUCAGGCUGAAGGGUAAAGAAAUCUAUGCCGUGGUGAGUGACAGGAAGGUCUGAGACGAUUGCCGAGGGAGGGCCUGCUGGUUUGAUCGAUUUCUCUGCUGCGACCACUUCUCUGUCAGGAGACGAACAACCACCAUUACCUGAAGGACGUCAGGCUCUCAAUAAGAUAAUAAUGAACAAGAUUAGGCUGUGGAAGACUCUUCUUAACACCUGUCACGAAUUAAGGCAGGCUGAGUUUGAGAUAAAAACAAAUAAAACUGCGGACUACUAAUGUUCGUUUUAGGGUACGUAUAAGAGUGAGACAACACAUGACUUCUUCCUCUCUCUGUCUCUCUCUCCCCCUCUCUCUCAGGUGGAGUGUGGGAGUUUUGGCCUGCUGAUCCUCACCUUCUUCCUGAGUUUUUUAUUCCUGUAUUUCUGGAGUGAGGCUCAGAAUGACUACAAUGACUUUGACUGGUAGGUUACUCACACACUCACACUCACACAGAGCACGUUCUUUCUGACGUAAAAUAAAAUGAAUCAUUCAGCCUUUUUUUGUAAACACGUGUCACAGUCGCUCCUGAAAGGUGUUUACUGUACGUGUUGUUCUCCUUCAGGUUUAACUUUGGGACUCUGGGUUUCUGGUUUCCCUGGUCUCUGGUCCUGCUGGUCGUCGCUGCAGCUCUCUUCACAUACAUCGCACUGCUUUUGGUAUGCACACUGAUGGAUUUUCAGCCGGUUACAUUUAAGCUCUUGCACAGAGGUGCGGUUAACACAGUAAUGAUAAAAAACUCUUUGCAGGUCAUUAGAAUGUGUUAAUGAUCUGCAGAACAACAUAAUAUAGACUAUAAGUUAAAUAAACUGUGUGCCUCUACAUUAUUGAGCAGGACAUACUAAGUAUUACAACUCUACGUUUAAAUAGUUUUCCAGUGAGUUCUCAGUGUUUUGUGAUAAGUGGAGUGUGCAGUUACAGUGGAGUGUGCAGACUCUUGUGCGUCUCUCGUAACCCACAUGUGUUGUUCUGCUAAGAUGGUAAACAGGAAGACGGCGUCUCUCUGGGGCAGAUGGCGUCAUAUUUAGGUUGAAGGAAAACGUUUUUAUCCUUUUCCAGGCGCUGUCACGGUCCUGGGUUAGAGGCUUGACAUAGAUGUGUGUGUUUUAAACAAAUGUUUAUUUAUGAAUGAUAAAGAAAAAUCACUUUUUAAUCUUCUAGGGCCCAAUGAGACAGCUUUGAAUCGUUGUCCUUUAAAAAGAGAGGAAAAUAAACAGUUUUCUUAAUCUCAGGUGGAAAUCAACACAUUUCCCUGAGAGCUUUGAGUGACAGUCGUCUGCUUGACUGACAUGACAAAAUUAUGUAAUAUUUGUUAUAUAAUUCAGUGAAAUAGACUCAAGGAGAGAUCUAAAUCAUUUCAAUAAAUGAGCCACGGAGAAAUAAAGACGGGUCUGUAAUAUCUUUGCUUCUGUUAUUUUAAAAGAUGAUGAAGUUUUAUAGAAAUAUCGGUCUGAACUGGUUAAAAUUGGUCUUGUUUUUGUUUGCUUUUCUCUAAAUUUGUAAAGCAGCUUUUUAAUGUAAUUAAUGUUUCUAAAUGAUGUCUAGGUGCUGGCUGUGUGUCUGCUUACUGAGGGCCAGAGGUUAUACCUGCACUGGAGCCACAAGGUACCAUCGAAACACACAGAGAAUAAAUAUGGAUGGAAAGAUGGGAGAGGAGCACACUGAUUGUUGUUGUAUUUGUAGAAUAAGCUGUCAGGAGUCAUUGUUCUUGUCCUCCUCUGUCUAUCAGACUGGUAUUGUGGUGACUCUGGCGUUCUCGGUCAUUGCGACUGCUGUCCUGUCCGACCUUUGGAGCAAAGAAUGGAAGACCCUCCUUCUGUCCCUGCAGGUCAGUGGAUCAUGAAACACCUGCCGGAUAAAACAAAGAGGUUCAUUUUAAUACAGGUCACCGAGUGUUGAGUCAAAGACAACCAAGGAGGAUAAACUCUUCUUUUUGUCUCUAAUUCAAGGUAACAGCACCGUUCCUUCAUGUGGCUGCGGUCUCGCUGAUGGCCGUUCUCUCCUGGCCGAUAGCCUUUCACUUUUUCCGCAUGAACAGGAAAGGUGAGUAAGACAGUGAGUCCUUUUUAACGGACAUUAUGAGGGAAUUUUGUCUUUUGGACCCGUAUGAAUGUGAAGUUUAAAAGCAAAUCAAGUAGAGAAGUGGGAACGACACUGAUCCUCCUCAAAACCAUUUUUGUUGCUGCAUCAUUGAGGUGGUUUUCUUACGCAGCAACUGUCAGUAUUGUUGAGGCUGAACCCGCAGGUGAAAGGACCAAGACCUGCAGGUUCAGGGAGUGUAAUAAGACUGAUCAGAAUGACAAGAGUUUAUAAUUAUGUAACAUCUCCUCACAUCGUACAACACGACUUAGUCUUAUGACCAAAACACAGGAAAGUCCCACUUCAUAUUCGAAGACUGUGACGUCUCCUAAUUAAGCACCAGUCUACAUUUCAGGGAGUCGAAACUACAAGUCUAUCAUGCCGAAAAGAUUGAACUGAACAAGGUCACCAGUAUGAGGCUCUGAGCUGAAACAAUGACAGUUACUUGGUGAGCUGUUGUAUCAAACAACCUCUCAGACAAAAAGAUCUACAGACCGCAGGGAGCAGAAACGUUAAAAUCACAUAUUGACUGAUCGCUGGCAGGAAAGGAAGGUUUCCCAUCUUACAGGUAUUAGUGCUGAGCUGCCCGCUCGCCCGCCCGACAGGAAUAAACCUGCUCUGUUACCAAACAUACUCCACAGCAGUGACGCACUUGUCUGGCAUGGAUUACACAGCUGCACAAAUUUACUAUCGUCCGUCUUUCUUUCUCUUCACCGCUUCUUAACGAGGAACCAAUGUCUCAUUUGCCUAAUCAAUACUGCACUUGUCCCUUAGUCUCUCUGAUGCUUCCUGUCCCUUCUUCAUGUUAGUGUGUUUUUUUCUGUCGGUCUGGGUUGGGAUCUGGGUUUUUCUUCAUCAGUCAGACGUCCUUCAUUCACGGCUGCUGUCUUCUUCUUCUUCUUUUCCCUCGUCUUUGGGUCACUCUGUCUGCUUUCUAACUGACUGCAUUUUCCUCUGCACCAAGUAGCUUUGACCUCUAUGUCUCCCUGUCUCUCUUUGGUCUCCAUGGGUACUGUCCCCUGUUACCAUAGUGACUCAGUGGCUAGAACGAUGCUGACUCAUGCCAAGGGUCUCCCCUGGCAGGACAUAAAGAAGAGACUGACUCGCCCAAACACAGGCUGUGAUAUAGUUUCAUUAGAGUCACAGCUUCAAAGGGUUUCUUCUUUAAACUCGAGCACUUGAAGUUAUUAAGAAGAAAGAUGUUGAAUGAACCUUCAAAAAGAUCCUCAAGAUUGUUUGAAAAAAUCCAAAAUUUACUGCCCUCAACAAAAGAAGAGCUAACUUAGUAAAACUGUCGACAAACCAAAGGAUAUGGGAGGUAGUCGGUUCAACUUAAAACUGUUAAAGAGCAUCAACUUACAUUUUUAUAACCGUCAUUUGGAAUAUUUACUAAAAGAGAGACUGGGCACCUCCUUUAAACUCAAUAUUUUCCCCUCUGAUGCAAACCUGAUAAAGAGGAUGAAUAGGUAGGUAGGAAGGAAGGAAGGAAGGUCGGUAGGAUACACUUUAGUUAAACUGACAAACUGACAUAAAACAAAACAAAAUAACACAACAAAGAAUUUAUAUCAUGUUCUUUCUAAAAAAAGCCUUUGUAAAUCAGUCAUCUAUUAAUAGUAUUAAUAUUUAUUAAUAUUAAUAUAAAUGCUUUUUGAGCAAUUAUUGGCAAUAAACCAUUUUUGACAAACUGUUCAACUCAUCUUUAAAUUACACUCAUGAUUUUGUGAAGUUGACUCUAAAAGACCAGACUUGGCCACACCUGCUGUUGCUCAGCACUUCACCACAAUCUUGAUCCUAUCAAGAAAGAUUCACAGUUAUUGAUCCUGAUCAGUACGAUUAUUUGAGCCAUAGGUCUCCAGUAUUUUGAUCCUAUUAUUGGUUUGUGCUUUUAUGUGUUUGAUAAUGUUAAAACAUUCUGUAAUCUGAUUAAACAUUACUCUGAAAAGCGUACAAAAGACCUCGUUCACCACAUGACGUUAAUACCUGUACACACUGGUGUCUUUGUGCUGUUGUUUGUUCUUCAGUGCGUCAGGUGGCAGUCUUGGGUCUCUUCCUCUCCGUGCUCUUCUCUCUCUACCUGGUCCCUUUGGGGAUGUACUCACCCUGCAUCAAGGAGGCAGGAACGCUGGGACCGGCUCCGAGACUCUUUGGACACAGAGGAGCUCCGAUGGUGAGACUGAGCUAAAGUGAAGAAAUAACAUUACAGGGAGUAUCUGUGCUGUAGUUACAGAGCAAAGCAGUAAAGAAACACGUCUGUUAAGGUGCAAUAAAAGUCUGUGUUUAACGAUAAAUAAUGUCCACUGGUUUUAAAUGUAUUUGUCUCAUUUUUUCUCACGUGUCUACAGCUUGCACCCGAGAACACAGUAAUGUCAUUUGAGAAAGCUCUGGAAGCUGGAGGAGAAGGACUGGAGACAGAUGUUACCAUCAGGUAUGAACCGCUCUGUCUUCUAAGGCGACAUCUGAAUAUUUGUUUAAGAUGUGAUCACGCAUCAUUUAAUAUACCAAGACUGUUGGAGAGUGUGGAACUGCCCCCUAGUGGUAGGUUUGGCAACACAUGCAAACUUUGUGCUGCAGCUCUCAGUUCCUCUUGGUUUGAUAGCUGGUAUGAGCCUCUCCAUGGGGACUUAUGGUGUGUGUGUGUGUGUGUGUGUGUGUGUAGACGAGCAAAUGCUGUUGUGGACUUGAUGCCUGUGAACAGAAUAUAUACAUACAUAUACAUAUUUCUAAAUGAUCACAAACUCUGGUCCAUGUACAGCUGGUUUAGAAGGACUCUUAGACUAUACUGAGACCUUUGACUGCCUGUGAUUAUCUCUUUGUUAGGAACAGCUGAUAAAGUGAACAAACGGAUCAUCAGUGUGUUAACUCGCUGAGUUUCCAUUCAACAGUGAGAAGCCGUGUCGGUGCCUCGAUGCUAAUUGUACAGAUCAGAUCAGAUGCUAGCGUGCUGCCCUCUGCGCUAAGAUGAUUACUGCAUCGCUAAUCCAGUUAGCUGUUAGCUCCUCCGUUAGCCCACUGCUGGUGAUCGAGCACACUGUCUCACAGCCUGAAAAAACAAGAUUAGCAGCACAGUAUGACUCAGGGCUAGCCAGUUACCUUGGUACCAUGCAGCCUGGGUGUGUGUCUGUGUGUGUCUGUGUGGUGUGCAUGAAUGACUGUUCCUACCUAAACUGCCGUGAGUUGAGUGAGGGAUUAUAUAAGUUUGUGAUCGUCCAUAAACAUGACUGGAAACUUGAGUGAUCGAUGGCGAUGACGGUCUCAGUGACAUGUCUUCAUGAUGGACAGACAGUGAGAUCUUCCUGCGACCACAUUUCCUCAGACUGCAGGUGUUCAGAGCAGGAAGCUCUGGAGAAUUAAAAGCUUCUGAUUGGCUCUAAUUGUCACCUUCCUCUCCUUCCUUUGAUUAAAUCCCUCCUAACUAUCCUCCCUUUCUUCCACUCGUGUUCUUUUGCAGUACUUACUUUUACAGUCUGUAAUUUUUCCACCCUAAAUCAUGUUUUUUUAUUCCCAUUAUCCCUCUCUGUAGCUACGACGGCGUCCCCUUCCUGAUGCAUGAUUCUACUCUGAGGAGAACCACGAAUGUUGCUGAAGUUUUCCCAAACCGAACGGACCUGGAUGCCUCUAUGUUCACUUGGGCGGAGCUACAGCAGCUGAAUGCUGGCGACUGGUUUUUAACGGUGAGACCGUCAUAAACACACACUCAGCCUAAAGUUAAACACGCGGCUGAGAUGGUUCAGGAAAAGUCCACAUGUUUUUUCUCUGGGUGGAUUUCAGACUAAACUCUGAUCCAAAGACUGAAAACCUGGAAACUCUGAUUUUACGGACGUCUGAGUGUUUCUUUUUCGUUCUCUCACUGCCGACAGAGGGAUCCAUUUGGUACAGUAUCCUCACUGUCUGACGCAGACUGCUUCCAGGCCCAGAACCAGUCAGUUCCCUCGUUGGUCCAGUUCCUGGAGGUUGCAUCCCGUAGUGGCAAACUGGUGCUGUUUGACCUGCACAGGCCACCACAUGAGCAUCCCUACAGUCAGACAUACAUUAACACCACGCUGCAGGUGGUGCAGGCCCACAUCAACUCCUCACAGGUAACCAGACAGGAGUGGUGUGAAAGUGGACUUCACAUUAUAUUCAUGAUGUUUGUUCGUACAGAUGUGUGUUUACUGUGUGGUUCUGAAUGUGUGUGUAGGUGCUGUGGCUGCCGUCUGAGGACAGGGCGCUGGUCCAGGCUCUGGAUCCAGAACUGCAGCAGACUUCAGGGGAGAAGGCCUCAAUCCAGGAACUGGCAGAAGACCACAUCACCAGACUGAACCUGCACUACAGCACUAUGUCCCAACAACAGAUCAGGUAUUUUAAUUAUACACUGGAAUAUUAUGUGUAUAUUAAAUAUUAUUAUAUAUAAUGUUUAUAGUUAAACAUAUAUAAGCUCAGUAAUUAUAUAUAUUUAUCUAAACGAACAGCUACCUCUUUAUACAUGUGUGUCAGUAUAUACACAUGUAUACUUGAGCUUCAUAAAUCGAUAGAUGACUAUAUUACUUAGAGAUUUUUAAAGUCCUGCUUUUGUCUGUUUUUUAAUCACAAUAAUGUCUUUAAAUUUGAAAUGUUCCUUUAAAAACAACCACCAAAAGAAAUAUAACAGUUGAAAUACAUAUAAUAUUACUCUAUUAAACACGAUAAUCUUUUUGUAGAUAGAUAGAUAGAUAGAUAGACUUUAUUGAUCCCAAACUGGGAAAUUCUCAUGUUACAGCAGCGAAAAAAACAACAUUUAAUUAAAUAUAACAAGUAUGUACAAUGCAGACUAAAAAUACUAACUAUAUACAAUAAAUACAGACUAAAUAUACUAAACAUCCUAAGAGAAAAAAGUGAGAUCUGAAAAACGGGGUUUAUUGAAAUGAGUAAUAAAAUAAUAGUAUCUGUUAUCAGCUUGCUCCCCUCCUGGAGGAUGACACUGGUCAGCUCAGGAGUUACAAACCCUGUUGACAAGACCACGAGGGGUUGUGUGAGUGUGUCCAUGUGUGUACAUGUGUGUAGUCAUGUAAGCUGAGGCACAGAUGGCCACUGUCCUCCGUGUCUCCAUCGUGUUUCUUGUUGAACAGCUUCAGGGAAGUGAGAGGAGGAGGGAGGGAGUCUAAGGUCAAGCAGGUAAGACAAACUAAAAAGGAGAAGAGAGGAGAGGAGAGGGGUAGAGACAGCUCGGAGUUUAUAUGAGAGGAGGAGGAGGAGGAGGAGGAGGAGGUUUAACAGAGAGGUUGGUACAAGAGAAAAACUGAAGAGGAACGAGCUUGAUGGAAAAAGCCCAAAAAGCGGUCGAGGAUUCACACCGACUGUUUUCAAUAAAAGCACACACUCAUCAGAACUUCUAAAUAUCAGCUCUCGUAGGACUUUGUCAUCCACCAGAGCGCCUGUUGGGAUGAAUCAUACUGUUGCAUGGUGAGCCUACGGUCUCCUCAUCGUUGUGCUCACAGGGCUUUAUUAGGCCUUUGUCUUUUAUGUAACCACAGCAGUAUGUUAAAGUGAACUGUUCAAACCUUCAUCAUGGUUUUUAUGGUUCUACCGCUCUGUGAGUCACUGUGAUGGAAUCAACAAAUAUGCUGCAAACUCGAAGGAGAAGGAGAAACCCCACCAUCUUGACCUCACUCUCCGUCAGAGGUCACAGCUGAAAAAUGAUUCAGAUUACACAACUCCUCUACAUUAUACAACUCCAGGUUGUGUAAUCUACCAAAAGAUGAACUUCCUUCAGUCCUGACCCCAACAGAUGAUCAUUAGACCUUCAACCUGACGAUGAUGCCGCUGCUCUCUUCUCAGACACUUCAGUCCUUUGUUUCUGCUCCAAACCCUCUUUCUCUUUCUGCUCUCUCUUAUUCCCUUAUUGUACUUUUCUGAGAAAGUCUGAACUACACAGAAUAUAUUUGAUGCAUCUGGGCUGUUCCACCCGUCUUACCUGUUUCUAAGGUUGGAAAGUCACUGCAGGUGUAUAUCUUUACCUUUUUACCUGCUCUGUUGGUGAGACACUUGAUUGCUUUGAAGGUUGGAGUAUAACUGUAAUAAACCGUUUUAGAUUCUUCUGACUGUGAGCAGAAAAGGCUCAAAUAAAAACCUGAUCAACCCGCGACUCAUGGAGAGACAGUAAAAUAAGAAAUAAAUGAUAUUUUAAGGCUUUUAUGUUCCCCUAAAUAUUAAACGGAAAGCUCUUAAAGGAUUAUAAAGUCCACGAGGGAGAAUGCAGUUAUUACAUUUUUGCACCCUCCAUUGACUCAUAUUUAGUUUUACCCUCCCCGUCUUCAGAGGCUCUCAGGUAAAUUCAUUAAAAAUAACUCAGGCUAAUGUCACCCAGAGAGGGAGGAAGUCUCUGGAGGAGCUCGAGUGUAAAAUGAUUUUUGUUUUUAUUUAAAUGGGAGUGAGGACAGCGUGGGUUUGAUGGGAUGAUGUUGGGGUUUUAUUUUGUACCCAUGAUGAGUCUGCAGAGUGUCGGGUCUUGGUGAGGCCCGGGUCUCUGAGGGUAUUCUUCGGUUCCUGUUUCUAAGAGGUGACGUUGUUGUCUUCUCUCUUCUUCUUCUUCUUCUCUGUUCACAGUAAAUACCAGUCAGUAAACAUCAGCACCAACCUGUAUGUGAUCAGUCAGCCGUGGCUCUACACUCUGGCCUGGUGUGCAGGAGCUCAGUCCGUGACCACCAACUCCAUCCACAUCCUGUCCAACAUCAGACAGCCGCUUUUCCUCAUGGUGAACAGAUUUAUCUCUUUCUCGACGACGUUACGACAGAAAAGUUUAGACUCAUUUUAAAAAAAAGGAGUUUUUAAUUUGAGUAAAUUUAGUGAAUCCAGUUGAGCGUUUAUAUUUCCGUGCUCUUCUGCUCCGUGCCUCUCACUGAGUGGGCGGGCAGGAGGUUUGGUAUCAGCUUGAACAUCUCCUCAGCAGGUGUUGUGGGUGUUUGAAGAGUGAGUCUGUGACCUUCCAGUUACAUAAACCUUCUAUCUCACCGCCCACACGUCUGUACAUGCAGUUUGAUUACAUUUUUAAUCUGAUAAUAACACAAGGUUAGGACGAAUACUCUGUGCUGAUUGAGUUAGAUAAUAAUAUUCAUACUCACAGAGUUUAUUUCAGAUAAAGUCAUCAACCCUUUUCUCUCUGCGCUUCUCUGCAGACUCCAGAAGAGUACACGUUAAUGUGGAUCCUGACUGACGCCGUGUCUGCCCUCCUCAUUAUUACAGUCUUCAUAUUCCAUUGGUGCGUACACACACACACACACACACACACACUCUGCUCUCAUAAUUAUCCUCCCUUGUUCUUCUAACGUCUGGUGCUUGGGUGGAGAAGCUGUGCACGGCUGAGUCAUCUUGGCUGUUGAUGAAGUUUAUUAUAAAAAACACAAUCUGAGAUCUCACUGUGGCGACACGAUGAGAAGAGAGGUUGGAGUCGAAUGUGUUUAUGAAGAUUUCUGUGAGGAUGGAGAGUCGAGGUGUUAGAGGAACAAAGCUGCAGCUCCAUGAACGCUGCGUCAAAGAGACUGUGCUGUCCUCCUUCUUUGAAAAUAAUCUAUGCUGAUAUUUUGGAGAUGUAGACCUCUUAUAGAGAUCUGUUUCAGCAUCGAUGAGAGAUGAAAAACUUUUCCAGAGAAAACAAAGAAGAAAGUAGAGAAAGAUCUUUUUUUGUGCAGACCAGCCAGAACCAAACCUGCAGAAAGACCGUGUUAUUUCCAUCCAUCCAUCCUGUCUUUGAGAUGAGACUCGCUCUUCACCUCAGAGGACCUCAGAGUUUUUUAUCGACCUCUUCUGGGGUUUAAUGUUUUCUCUUCACCUCUCUUCUUCCUCUGGAUCUUCUCGAUAUUCACACGUUCUCCUGCUUGUUCCGUCAAACAUCAAAGCAGUUUUAGUGAUAGAUGAGACAGCCUCAAAGCACUGCUGGGAAACACACACACACACACACACACAGCUGUUUGUUCUCCGCUGCUCUGAUGUCUCUCUCUCUCUCUCUCCCUCGUGUGUGUGUGUCACAGGUGGAGAGAGAGAGGCCUGCCCUUCUGGUCCGGCAGCCGUCAGACUCACGAGACUGGACCAUACAGCAAGUUCAGGACGGGUAUGAGAAGCUUUCCUCCCCCCUCACUGUUACUGAUGUUUAUUAUGUCUGUUAUAUCGUCUCAUCGUGAUCAGAUCCGGACUUCAGAAUAUUUUUGCUCAUUAAUUUUAUAAAAGACAAAGUAGAAAAUUAACAUAAUCACAGAAAAACUGAAUUUAUUUGAGCUUUUAGAUUUAAAGAAAGAUACGAAACACAGAGAGAAAACUGAAAUUAGUUUCCCUACCUUUAGAGCUGUCCUUGGAGUGGAAACUUUCUGUGCAUGCUGUGAACUCCUCCUGCUGUGUCUGUGUGUGUCUGCAUGUUUGUGUGUUUGUCUGUGUGUGUGUGUGUCUGCAUGUUUGUGUGUGUGUCUGUGUGCCAGACUCGGCAGAAGUCAUCUGUGUCUGCUGGAACCCCCUCCAUCUCGAACCCCCUGCUGGAGGUUUCGUGUCUCUCCCCUCAGUCUACGACCCGUGACGCCCUGCAUGUCAGUCCCUCUGAAACCUUGUAGGAUCCCAAACUUGUGUGUGAACUGUACAGCUGUAUUUGUUUUGCUGUUGUUAAUCUGCUGAAACCCUUUUUAAGACAUGAAGAAAGUGCAGAAGAACAUCUGUUCAUUUCUCUACGGCGGUCAGAAAACCAAACACACAAAAACAACAAAGUUUUAGAAACAGUCAUGGAGUCAAGAACCUGUGCUUCAAAGGGUCUUGGACUAAUUACUGUUUAAAAGAAAAAGCACUCGGCAUGUUUAGUCCAAGUCCUUUUCAGGUGUAGCUGACAUGGAGAUCUUUAAUCUGAGAUAUUUAAUCUGAGAUCUUUAAUCUGAGAGAUUCAUGAGAUUAAAAUUAAGAUUUGGUGCCAUUUGCUCCAGGAGAUGAUUUAAUCAACGGUUUAGCCUGUCACAUUUAGUUUUGUCAUCAUUUGAUAAAACCUGUAAGUGUAGAUCAGCGAUAAAAGGAAGUAUGUGGUGUUUGAUCUAUGAUUUAAUUAUCGGCUCCUACAUUCACAGCAGGGCAGAUAAGGAGAAUGAACCUUUAAAAGGAGAUCUAAAAGACUCUGGUUCAGUCUUUCUGUGGAGGACGGAGAGAGGCUGUCACAGUUUUCAGACAUGUCCUGGACCUGUAACACGUCUCUCUGAACCCCAGAAACAGGAGGAGGAGGGAAGUUGGUAAAAGAAUUAAACAGAUUUUUCUGUUUUCUAAUUAAAAAGAUUCAUUCUUGGUCCGUCCGGUUGCUUUAAUAAAAAUCAUUUUCAAGCAUAAUUCAGAAAAGACGGUGAUAUUUGUCCAAACUCACUCAUGGCACAGACAAGAGCAGGUGGAUAGCGACACCUAGUGGUUGAGUUUUUACCAAGAAAAGUAGAGAAUUGUGUAACUGUGACUCCUCCUGACAUCAUAAUGAGUUUAGAUUAAAUUGUCAUGAUAGAACCGCAGCUCAGCUUCACAUUUCCUGAAAAUGAAGUGGAUAAAUAUAGAUAACUAUAAUAAUAAUAAUAUUACAUAAUAAUAUAAUAUAAUAAUAAUAACUAGAGAAUUUCCCAGUUUGGGAUCAAUAAAGUACAUCCAUCUAUCUAUAUCUUCAGUAGGAGAAGAAUAAGAAUUCUGACUGUAGCAGCUGUUUGCUCGUCAACACCAUAAAACUCCAUGUUUUAAUUUGGUCAGUAUCAUCCAAACACGUAAACCAGAUUUGUGCUAAAAAGGGUUUUUAUUGCAGGAUUCUCGUCUUUGUCUUUACAGCUGCACCAAAUAUCAAAGUUUGAUUACAUUUCUGUUUUCAUCUCUGCGUUUAUUGACGCCUCUCUGUUAACUUCUGCGUCUGUCAGUGUUUGUUUUUUUAACCCUGAUGUUACCUGUGCUUGGCUCCUUACCUGUGCUCACACAAACCUGACGUACUUACCUGCUCAUAGACUACGCCCCUGCUUCGAACCCUGUGCCCUGAAGUUUGUCAUCUGUGUCCGUUAACAUCGUCCCUCUCAGAUGAAGGAGUUAACUGUUCGUUGUUUGGUUUUUGCAGAGCUGAGCGACGUAUGGUCCGUUUCCAGUGUUCAUGUCCGGCCUGACCUCCGGAGCACGCCAAGCUCCCCCAGCACCCCUCACCUGCCCACCAUCACAGAAGAGUGAGAGAGGAAUGAGAGAGAGAGAGAGAGUACAGACAGGCAAAGAGAGAGAGAGAGAGAGAGAGAGGGAAAGAGGAAGAGGAGGUAAGAACAGAGAAAGCGCAGCAGAUGUGAGUCAGACAGUUUCUUUAGGAGGAGACGGAGAGUUAGAGCUGGUUCUCGAUCAAUCUGCAGUAACAAACUCAAAGACAGUUCACAUUCAGUCGUUCUGUUUUAGCUUUAGUGUUCAUGUAGGACUGCUUCACUCUAAUAAGAGGCUGACUAAAACACUGUCUUUAGGACCCUGAGGGACAGAGUAUCUGUUGGAGCUCAGAUCAGAGAAAAGUGUUUCGGUAGUUUGAGAGUCAGAGAAAUCUCCGGCCUGUCCUCCCGUAUCCUUGACCAAACUUUGGAGCGCUGCCUGAAGGAACUGAACUUCAUCCUGCACAGAUCUGCACAGACACUCAGUGGACACCAGCCCAGCUGCACCCGUGUUUAUGACCAUGCUGUAAUCUCACAGGAGCCCGGACAGUGAGAACAUUUUCAUCCUGUGUCGUUUUAACUUCACCAGCUGAGACGUAAAGGAAACUAAACCUCACAAAAGAAAGGAGACACACGGAGAAUUUACUGUUUUUAGUUUCUUUCAUUCUUCCUGUCUCAUGUUUGUCAUCGUCGAGGUGAAAAUGAGACAGUGAAUGUGAACCUUCAGCAGGAGACGUGGACAAUGAGAAACAGGACUGAGGAUCUUCUGUGGGAGCUUUCUUCAUGCCCAGGCUGUAAAUAUAUGAGGAGCUUCGACCAAACGUCAUCCAUGUCUGUGACUCUGGUUGGACUGACAGACUGAAUGUAAAUCUACAGAAUUAAGGAGAUAUUAUCAGUUAUUAUUAUUCAUGAUUAAUACUUUAGUGAAUGUAUCAUGAAGCUGGGCUGUGUUUCUGAAAAGCAUGUGGAGAGUUCGGGGCUGGAAGUCCUCUCAGUUUGUGCCAAAUGUAGAAUUAGCUGCUGUUAAAACUGCUGAGGAUGCUUCUGAAAACCCUUUUAUGAGGCGGUGAACACGACAUCUGCUUCUCCUUAAAUUUAUGCACAAAGACCUUGAAGGAGGAGGUGCCAUCAUAAAGUCUGUCUGCUCUUGGUUCUCCUAACCUGUGUUAAUCUUGGAGGGUUUUCUAGUGUUUGGGACAAUGAUGUUCUGAUGGGGUUUACUCAGUGUGCUGCACAGUGAUGGAGAAGUGCAAUUAAAGCUGCUUUGUUUUCAUGUUUUAGUAUAAGAAAACAAGUAUUUAUACAGAAUAGUUCAUGUACAGCAGUUUUGAGAGUAUAAUAAUAGUUUCUAAUGGAGCUCUUCUGCUGCAGAUCCAUAUUUCAGCUAAUAGGUGUAACAUUUAAUCUGCAGCCUGAAUCUUUGUGCUCCACCUGCUUUCAUUGAAUGGAAGUGUUAGCUCGCCUGAACUGAUUUGUUCUUCCUCUAUGAUAAACAUUAGACUCCUUCAGUUAAGAUCCUUAAGCGUCUCUGAGAGACUUCAGGUUAGUCUUUGUGUGUCCUGCUGCUUCUGUUGUUAUUUAUUUAGACACGACUUCUGACUGAUACAGACUGACAAAAACCUUUAUGAUCUGGAGUAAUGUAGGUUCAGCUGCAACCAUAAAUCUUCAUGUACUGUGUAGUGAUAUUGAGAAGUGUUCAGCACUUAGUAACUGACCUGUUAGAUCCGCUCAGUAUUUCAGCUACAGCUAUAAAUCACUGCAAAGCCAUAUUUACUUUAUCAAACCUGUUUUUCUGCUCGUCUAAAAUAAGCUUUAGGGGGACAAACAUGAGGUUAUUUUAGCAGACAAGAGUCUCUUAUAAUUUAAUCUACCCCACCUGUCUGUUAAAGAAGCUUUCUGUAAGAAAUACUCAACCCUGUUCUUACUGUCAGUGUUGGCGUGUUCAGCUUCUUCUGGCUGGAGCGUCGAUUAAGAGUUUAAUUCAUUCAAAACUUAUUGAUUAUCUUUAUAACUGUUGGAUAAAACGGCAGCGAUCAAGAGGCUUUGAUCAGAGUGAGACUAACACAGAAACUGUGUGUCUUUAUUUAUUCAGAUUUAUGUCAUUUGUUAAAUAAACUCUCAUUCAGAAGACCACCACCAUCUAAAUAAGAAAAUAACCUGAAGACUGUGUCUCAGUCUCAUCGACACGUCCAGGUGUGCUGAUGUCUGACUCACAUACAGGUGAGCUUUGCAUGCUGCUCUGCAUGCCGCUUCAGUGAAGAUGAUAAUGUCAGCUGACUCUUAUUAUUGUGGUCGACCAGAGUUAGCGGAGACAAGGCUGUCACACAAUAUUACUAAUCCAGAGUGGUCAAUACAGUCGAAGUGGACUCCAGCUGACAGGGUUAUUGAUCGGGGUUAAACAGUCGAGUUUGUUUUCUGAUCUGAUUGUCUGUAGUAUUAUUGUCAGAUUUUUUCAGUUUGAUUUUCUUCUACAGAGUAAUUUCACCUCUUUUUUACUGUACCUUCUCUCUGACUGUAUAUGCUGUUGUCUUCUGGUAUUAAAACAUCAGAACAAAGUUCACCCUCAGCUCU